CCCUAGAGAGAGGGGAAAAACUAAGGCCGAAAGAAUUUAGGAUGCACCCCCAGGGGUUGUUGUACCAAGACGCUCCUAUUGCAAAAGCUGCUGUUGAAAAGAAACAAUUUUUUUUUAUAAGAAGAGAAUGGAUGGAGAAGAGAAAACAUAUGGUGGGUGUGAGGGCCCAGAUGCUAUGUAUGUGAAGUUAAUAUCCUCCGAUGGCCAUGAGUUCAUUGUAAAAAGAGAGCAUGCAUUAACAUCAGGAACAAUAAAAGCUAUGUUGAGUGGACCAGGACAGUUUGCAGAAAAUGAAACAAACGAGGUGAAUUUUAGAGAGAUCCCAUCCCAUGUCCUAUCCAAAGUAUGCAUGUAUUUCACCUACAAGGUCCGCUAUACUAACAGCUCUACGGAGAUUCCUGAAUUCCCAAUUGCACCUGAAAUUGCACUGGAACUUCUGAUGGCUGCAAACUUCUUAGAUUGUUAAAUAAAAUAAAUUAUAAUAAAAAAUGUAAAACUUUUUUCAGUAUUUAAUACAUGUAGUUCAGUUAGUAACUUUUUUCAGAUAGCAUGUUGCGUGUGUGCUGUUGAGAACUGUAAAGUUCACUGCAGAGGCAAUUGCCUUCAGUCCUUUUGCAUAUAGCAAUCAUUCAGUUGAAGUUUGUUUUGCUGCUUACACAAAUAAGGACCUUUUCACAAACUGAGACAAAUAAACAAAUAUGCCAAUUAGUAGAUGGCUAUGCCUUAUCCUUUAGGUGUGGUAGAACUUUCUUUUAAUACAAUGACCGUAGAAAAUACCGGAGCUUAGUCUAAUGCUCUCUAAAAGGUAACUACAGUUAAAUAUGAGUAGCUGUUUAGGGUUUCUAACUUUCUCUUAUUGUUAAAGUUUCUAAACAUCUGAACUUAAUCUCCUUUGUAAGAUAGCUGACCUUUAGCAUAGUUAUACUAACUAGAUUAGAAGCGCCCUCCCUAAGGUUUGUAUACCGAUGGCGAUACUCCAUUUAGGUUGAAAGUGGAGUAGGUAGGAGAAUGCUUAAGGCUUUUAAUUUAAAUCAUAGUAUAGACAUGCGUAAAGGUGUACUUGAUACAUUUUCUUUUAUAACCUAAAUUUUCCCCAUUAGUAAUUAGAAAUACUCAAGUCACUUGUCUGCACAGUAAGACUGUGAUCCUACUGACAGUGGCUUUUAAGGGGAAAAAUAACUGUUACAAUCUGUGUAUAUUAUCUUCUGUAUAACAUAUAAGGUUAUUCUUAAUGUACCAUCACUUGACCUGAUAUGGAUUUUAUAUUAUUUCAGUUAUGGGUUUUUUUCCAUUGUUGUGAUUGGUUAUGUAAAGUCUGUAUUUAAUCUUUAGAGUAGUAGCCAUUUAAAUUUUGUAACAUAGCAACUGAAAAGAUAGCGAUUAUCCUAUCUUUUACCUCUUCCUCAACCUCUCCCUUGUAUCCAAGGAAAAAGACCCUGAAAUGUGGAGGUCUUUUAUAUUUGAAGGAAAGGGCAUUAAGCAGAUGUUUAAGGAGCUGUUUUAUAAAUUUCAUAGGUAUUUCCAAUGUUUUUACAAAUAUUUUAGGGGAAAAGGAUUGGCAAGCCACUGACAUAAAACUCGAGUGGAACACAUCAUCUCUUGGGAGUUCCCGCUGGUAGUUGCCUAUACUAUCAGUUCUUUGUUUCUGUAAAGAAAAAAAAAAAAAAAUUAAACUUCAGACAAGAAGUUGGGUUUUGUUCAGCUGCAGC